AUGAAAAAUAAUGGACUACACUGGUGUUGCGAAAGCUGUAGGAAACUUGGUGUGAAUUAUUACCGUUUUUUCCAAGAUACUAAGAAGAAAUUUAUGGAACUUCAAGACGAUGCUAAUAAGUUAAAUGAUCGUAUAUCAGAAUAUGGCAAUUUGUUUGAUGAUUAUAAAUCAUUAGAUAAUCUUAAGUCCCCGCCUCAAUCUUCUCCUAAACGCCGCAAAUCCGCAAGAAACGCAAAUAAGGAAAAACGUGAUGAGCAACCUUCUACUUCUGUUUCUGGACCGCCUAGUAAUUCUGAUCCAUCUGUACCUAGUAAUUCCGAUCCAUCUGUACCAACUGAUUGCAAUUUCCCAUCCUCGAAUGCUCCCAAAUUAAAUUGUAAUAAUUUACAAUUAAGUUAUGCAGAUGCUGUUUUAAAUACUGCUAAUAUAAACAAUAAUACUUCUUACAAUCCUCCACAACUGCUAAAUAAUGAAAACGUCCGUAUUCCUCUACGAGCAAUACCUCCUAAAAAAACAAUAUUUAUUUCCCGCUUGGCAAACGAUACUACAACUGAAUCUGUUGACUACUACGUGAAAAAUAUAAUUGGAAAUGAAGCUGAUAUUUCAAUACAAAAGUUUAACUUUCCCCAACCCAGAUCUAUCUCAUCAUUUAAAAUUACUGUUUCCAUUGAUAUUUUUAAAACCUUAGUUGAUCCGAAUUUCUGGCCUAUAAAUACACUUGUUCGUGAAUAUAUUUACAGACCUAGGCCACAAAAUAUCGCGGUACUUCCACAACGUGAAUUUGUUGCUCCAAAAAACUAA